GCCAUUACCAUCUUUCUCCUCUCGCAUCACCAUUCUGGCUUCCCCUUUUCUUAUUUAUCUCUUUUUCUUCUUCCCUUUCCUGUGGUAUAGCUGAGUAGUUUCCCCUUUUUUCUCAAACGAGAUUUGUUCCUGGAAUUAUCUUUUCUCUAAUCAGAAUACAGAGGGAGGCUGCACCCAAGACAGGUUUUCUCAGAACCAAGACACAGGAGGAGAAUCAAGGAAGCUUUUGUGACUGCAGAGGUGAAGGUUGGACAAGGCUGCUCAGUGAUUCCCCUUACUGCUGACAUGCUGGAAGAGGACAAUGAUGAGAUCUGUUGGAAUAACCUGGAGAAUUUCCGUGUGAAGCUGAUCUCGGUGAUUGACCCUUCCCGGAUCACUCCUUACCUGCGCCAGUGCAAAGUGCUCAGCCCUGAUGAUGAGGAGCAGGUUCUCAAUGACCCCAGCCUGGUCAUGCGCAAACGGAAGGCAGGUGUUCUCCUGGACAUUCUUCAGCGAACAGGACGCAAGGGCUUUGAGGCAUUUAUGGAGAGUCUUGAGCUUUAUUAUCCCCAGUUGUAUAAGAAAAUAACUGGCAAAGAGCCCAGCAGGGUUUUCUCUAUGAUUAUAGACACGGCUGGUGAGUCUGGCCUGAGCCAGGUGCUGAUGAAUGAGAUCAUGAAGCUGCAGAGCGCGGUGCAGGAGGAGCGGCGCAGGGCGCAGGAGCUCACGGUGUGGCUGCACUCCAAGGAGGACACCCUGAGGGAGAUGUGGGUCAGGGACAGCCUGCUCCGCAAGCACCAGGAGCGGGCCCAGAGGAUGAAGGAGGAGAGGGACAGCCUGAGCAAGGAGCUGCGCAAGUGCAAGGAUGAGAACUACAGCCUGGCCCUGAGCUACGCCAAGCAGAGCGAGGAGAAGAGCGCAGCCCUCAUGAAGAACAGGGACCUGCUGCUAGAGAUUGAUCAGCUGAAGCACAGCCUGAUGAAGGCUGAGGAUGACUGCAAGCUGGAGAGGAAGCACACGAUGAAGCUGAAACACGCCAUAGAGCAGCGCCCCAGCCACGAGGUGGUGUGGGAGAUCCAACAGGAGAAGGAGCUGCUCUUGGCCAAGAACCAGGAGCUGGAAAACACUCUGCAGGUUGCCAGAGAGCAAAACUUUGAGAAGAGCCUCUCCAAAGAAUCUCUGGAGAAUGACUGCAGCCAGACUGUGGAAGAACGCCGGGAGCUGGUGAACACCAUUUACAGCCUGCGCAAGGAGCUGCGCCGAGCCAAGGUGCUCCAAGACAAACAGUUUGCAGAGGAAAAAGAGGUGCUGGAGCUACAGUGCACAUCUCUGAGGAAGGACUCCCAGAUGUACAAAAAACGGAUUGAAGCUGUUCUGCAGCAAAUGGAGGAAGUGGCUCUGGAGAGAGACCAGGCUCUCCUGACCCGAGAGCAGUUCCAUGUGCAGUAUUCCAAGAACCUGGUGGAGAGAGACGCCUACCGCAAGCAGAUCCGGGAGCUGGGGGAGAGAUGUGAUGAGUUGCAGCUGCAGCUCUUCCAGAAGGAGAGUCAGCUCCUGGCCACUGAGGCCAAGCUGAAGAGGCUGCAGCUGGAGCUGCCCACGCUGACCUCUGACCUGGAUGACUCCUCCUCCAGAGAUUCCCAGGAACUUGUUCUUCACAGUCACCUGGAUGAAGAUACACAGAUAGCCAAAAAAGAUUGCCUGGGAGUACAAAACCAGAAACUCAGCCCUCAAGAGAGCCAUCUGCCCCCAAAAUCAGCAAGUGAGUGUGGCUUGGCCAAUGAGGAACUGGCAGAAAAGGAGAGGAAGAGGAUGAAGGACUGCUUUGAGCGUUACCGAAGGUCUGGGCUGCAAAAAAGAGCAAUGAGAAGGGUGCCCAAAGACCGGCACCAUGAGGUGGACUGGGAGAACUCCUCUGGCAGCGACAACACCGACACCGAGGGCUCCUGAGGGAGGGACAACACCGACACCAAAGGCCCC